UCCUGUGAAGAUGUUGAAGACACCUCACAUUGGAUCCUCGUGGAACCCUGUGUUUCCAUGGAGACAGGAGUCCCAGUGUAUAAACACAGGUCUCCAUCAGGAAGUUUUGAGUGCACAGCGUCUGGUUUGCGCUGGGUGUGUGCGGUUGAAGUCUCUCUACAGUAUCACUUUAGUGACCCCCAUGUAUUCAGAGCAGAGCUUGCCAUGUUGCAGUAUGAGCCAAUUGGUCCGUUGAUGGACAUCAAAGUGCUCUCAGGUGAACUGUUGGAGGCUCAUCUGCCCCAUUUUGCCUGUCUGGAAGGUUCAGACUCCUCUCUUAGAGAGGCUGUGAGAGUUCUGCAUGGGGUCAACAGCAGUGUGACUCUAGAGAAAUGUGAGCUGACCCGCUUCCACGCAAAGCUCCUCAAGCCCUCCUUCUCACUGACAGAAGUCCUGGUGAAAAUCGGAAUCCCAAUGAAAGCCCAUCUGGAUGUGUUAAUCUACCGGACCAGAGUGACACCCUUGGUUCUCUUCACGUAUAUCGUGCCACGGGAUGCUUCCAUGAUUCAGGCGGUAGAACAGGAUUUACGAGAGUUCCAAGAUAAAAAGAAGAUCAAAAAACAUCGUCCAGACAUAUCCAUUUGGAUGAACAGCAAAUGUAGCCUUAAGGCAUCCUGCCAUGAUUCUAAAACUUCGCCACAACACAUAACUUUUAAAUACAUCAGACCUCCAGACCUGUUUGAGGUGGUCAUUAAAAACGCAGACUGUUUUGAUUUGGAGCUGAUCAGUGAAGGGCAGUCCAUAUGGAAAGCUACACUGGAAAGCUUUGAAUUUGGUGAGACUGGAGAAAUGGAACACAGUCAUGAAAUGCCCUCAGCAGCAUCCAGACAUUCCCAAGUCAUGACCCACAGAGAAGCGGCUUACACAAGCAGAUCUGCCAGGACUGAUGAGGAAAAAGGGAAAAUGGCCUCCAUGUCACAUGAAGAUCGACUGUUCAUGAUUCGUCCUGAUCUCAUCAAGAAAACAUCGGGAGCUCUACUCUGAGAUCUGUUGGAUGAACUUCAAGCUCCGCCUCGUGUGAUAAGCAGCAGGGAGGCAGAAGACGUCCUGCAGAGGACCAGCGUGCUGCAGGACCAGGUGACCUCCCUCAUCGACAUGGUGCUUAAAAAGGGGGACAGAGCAUGUGGCAUCAUGCUCUCCCUCCUUAAAGAACUGGACAGCUACCUUUAUCAAGACCUUGGCCUGUAAAAACAAACCUGUGGCAUCAUGUUCACCCUCCUUAAAGAACUGAACAGCUACCUUUCCCAAGACCUUGGCCUAUAAAAACAAACCUUCCCAUACUGUGCAUGUGAUGACUAUCAAAUUACAUAAUGAUGCAGAAAUGUCCAAUCAUGAAAGACGAUUAAAUAAACCUGUGGGGUUAUAAUAUAAAUUAUUUCACAAAUAAGUAAUGUGCCAGUGUUGUCCUAGUAGGGUUUUUGGUAAUUUGUGCUUUUAUUGAGAGAAUUUGGGUAGAUUUCAACCUGCUACUUUAUCUUAAAACUGUUACCUUACGUACUCUGUGGUGUCAUAACUUAGAUACUGCACAAUUUUCAUACCAGACAGUCUCAAGACCUAUUUCAUGUCUGAAGUCAAGACACAAUAAUUGUCAUCACGUCCAGUUUCCUGGACAUUUGCUUAUGCAUUACUGUGCAAUACAAAUCAGCUGUAUAUAGCAAGGUGUUUGGUGUUCGUGGUGAAAUCCUUUAGUGAGGAGUGACUAUAUAUCACCGUUGUGUUUUAUUUCCCUUCGAUAGCUGUCCCUUGUUUGAUGAGAGAGAAGGAUGUAGCAGCAACGUCAGCUGCUACAUCCACAUCUUAU